GAUACCGAUGUAUUUGUACUUUGCCUGGCAUUUAAGGACUUUGUUCCAGCUACCAUGUAUUUGAAAUGCAGUACACAGACUCUAACAAGGUUUAUCAGCAUCACAAAUGUCUUCGAACGUCAUGGUUCUAGGAUUUGCAAAUGUCUUCCUGGUCUGCAUGCUUUCACUGGAUGUGAUAGUGUCAGCGCAUUUUCUGGAAAAGGAAAACUGACGGCGUUAAAGUUGCUAAAGCGACGUCCUGUAUACCAAAGGUUAUUCCAACAGCUUGGCGUGGAAUGGGAAUUAUCGAAUGAGCUAUUUGUGCGUCUCCAAGAGUUCAUGUGCCUGAUGUACUCUUCAAAUCCUGGAACUAAGGAUGUUAACGUGUUGCGUUACCGUCUCUUCUGCGCCAGGAAAGGAGAGUUACAGUCGCACCAGCGUCCUCCAUGCUAGGACGCGUUACGAAAGCAUUGUGAGAGAGCAAACUAUCAGUCAGCAAUAUGGCGCAGGAGUCUUCAAAGUUCACCCCAAAUCCCCUUGCCCAUUGGCUCUGGAUGGUGUUUAAAGGAUGGCAAGUUUUACUAUUGACUGGAUGAGUGGGGAACCGGCACCCAAGGCUGUGCUUGAGCUCCUCUCCUGCCAGUGUAAGAGAGUCUGCCAGUCGCCAAGCUGUACCUGUCUCGCUAACGGAUUGCAUUGUACUGACAUGUGUCGGUUACAGGAGUGUACAAACCAGCUUGAGGAAGCUACAGAGGAUUUAACUACAGAUGACUCUGAUAUUGAAUGUGAAGAUGAUUGA